AACAAGAAGAAAUGGCCUCAUCAAUGAAAUCAUCUUUGAUCCUUUUCUUUACAUGUUCCCUUUUCCUCCAGGUCACUUAUGCUGUGUAUAAAACUGAGGUGAAAUGUGAGAGUUUACCAAAUGGUGAUUGUGCAUUUGCAAUUUCAUCAACAGGAAAAAGGUGUAUAUUAGAAAAAGCAACAACACCAAAAGAUGACUUAAUUAGUAGUGAAUAUGAAUGCAAGACAUCAGAAGUGAUAGUUGAAAACAUGAAGGAACACAUUGAAACAGAUGAAUGUAUUGAAUCUUGUGGUCUCAAUAGAAAUUUCUUUGGAAUUUCUUCUGAUGAUUUGCUUGAGCCUCAAUUUGUCUCCAAAUUGUGUGCCCCUGCUUGUUAUCAAGAAUGUCCCAAUAUUGUUGACCUUUACUUCAACUUGGCUGCUGGUGAAGGAGCAUACUUGCCAGACCUAUGCAACAAGAACAAUAAGUUGAAGAGUAGUGGUGCUGCUGAAGAUGGUGUUGAUGCUCCUGCUCCAUCUCCUUCUUCAUUCUAAAUAUU